GGGCCGCAGGGCCUCCUGCUCCCGGGAACCGCCGCCAGCGCUCGGGAAGUCGUGGAGUCACCGAAUGAACUGGGUCGGAUAAGGGCUCUGAGAUCAUCGCGACCAGCUUGUAGCCGAGCACCAUGUCAGCCAGACCAUGGCACCAAGUGGCACAUGCGGACUUUCCGUGACCAUCUCUAGGGAUGGUGACUCCACCACCUCCCUGGGCAGCCCAUCCCAGUGUCUAAUCACACUUUGAGUGAGGAGAUUCUUCCAAAUGCCCAGCCCAAAGUUCCCCUGGCACAGCUUAAGACCAUGUCUUCAUACUACCCACGUCCCUUCCAAAUGGGUAAUCCCUGCCUGGCUAUACAGCCUCCUUUCAGUUUUUGAUCUUCUCCCUUAUUCCAACAAGCGAGUGGUACUGAACUUCUUGCAACAAGCUUUUGGGGAUCCUGUGCCGAAUGAAGUGUACUUGCUUUCAACAUUCAAAUUACAGCCAAAGAGUACAGCCACUGUUUUUGGCCUAUAUUCAUCAGCUGACAACAGCAAGUAUUUAGAAUUUACUGUAAUGGGACGGAUGAGUAAAGCGGUGCUGCGCUAUCUGAAGAGUGAUGGAAGGCUGAAUUCCGUGAUCUUUAGCAACAUCCAGCUGGCUGAUGGGAAACCCCAUGCUGUCAUCUUGUGGCUGAGUGGCCUGCAGCAGGGAUUGAGCACAGUAGAAUUGUAUCUGGAUUGCCUGCAAGUAGGUGCCAUUGAGGACUUGCCAAAACCAUUUUCAGCACUGUCUCAGAAGGUGGUGGCAGCUGAGUUGCGCACUCUCCAGGAGAAGCCACAGGAUACACUGGAUGAGCUAAAGCUGGUAACUGGAGGAACCCUUGCUGAAGUGGGAAACCUGCAGGAUUGUUUUCUUCAACAAAUUGAGCCUGUACCUCAGUACACUGGUGAUUUUAAUAGGCAGCUGAUGGGUCAAAUGAUGCAGAUGAACCAAAUACUGGGAGAUGUGAAAGAGCUUCUUAGGCAACAGGUCAAAGAAACAACUUUCCUGAGAAAUACCAUAGCAGAGUGCCAAGCAUGUGGUUUAGGCACUGUGAGUUUUCCGACUCAGCUUCCUAGGCGCACUAAACCAAAAUGUGAAGUUAAUUCCUGCUUCAGGGGAGUGAGGUGCAUGGAGACAGCAGAGGGAUUUCAGUGUGGGCCCUGCCCCGAAGGACUCACAGGAAAUGGAGUUACAUGCUCAGAUAUUGAUGAGUGUCGUUACAACCCUUGCUUCCCUGGUGUGCGAUGUGUGAACACUGCUCCAGGUUUCCGAUGUGAGACAUGUCCUCCAGGAUAUACAGGACAAGCCAUGCAAGGGAUAGGACUCAGCUAUGCUAAGAGCAAUAAGCAGGUCUGCUUAGAUAUUGAUGAAUGUCAGAAUGGAGGAGUUGGACUCUGUGUUCCGAAUUCCCAUUGCAUAAACACUUUGGGGUCUUACCGCUGUGGCCAGUGCAAACCAGGAUAUACAGGAGACCAAACAAGGGGAUGCCAGGCUGAACGAAGUUGUAGGAAUCGAUCCCUCAAUCCAUGCAGCAUCCAUGCCCGUUGUAUUGAGGAGAGGAGAGGAGAUGUGACGUGUAUUUGUGGCAUUGGCUGGGCUGGUGAUGGCUAUAUUUGUGGAAAAGAUGUUGACAUCGAUGGCUACCCUAAUGAAGAACUCUCAUGCUCUGCUGAAAACUGCAGAAAGGACAAUUGCAGAUUUGUCCCAAACUCUGGACAAGAAGAUGCUGAUGGUGAUGGGAUUGGAGAUGCCUGUGAUGAUGAUGCAGAUGGAGAUGGCAUUCCCAAUGAGCAGGAUAACUGUGUUUUGGUUCCCAAUGUUAACCAGAGAAACAGUGACCAAGAUAUCUUCGGGGAUGCUUGUGACAACUGCCGUAAUGUCCUGAAUAAUGACCAGAGGGACACAGAUGGUGAUGGGAAAGGAGAUGCUUGUGAUGAUGACAUGGAUGGAGAUGGUGUUAAGAAUCUUUUGGAUAAUUGUCAGAGAGUUCCCAAUGAAGACCAGGAGGACACAGAUAAUGACGGUGUUGGUGAUGCCUGUGACAGCUGCCCUACAAUCAGCAACCCAAACCAGUCUGAUGUCGACAAUGACCUGGUUGGAGAUUCCUGUGAUACCAAUCAGGACAGCGAUGGUGAUGGGCACCAGGACAGCACAGACAAUUGCCCUACUGUUAUUAACAGCUCCCAGCUGGACACAGAUAAGGAUGGGCUGGGUGAUGAGUGUGAUGAGGAUGAUGAUAAUGAUGGCAUUCCUGACCUCUUGCCCCCGGGCCCUGACAACUGCAGACUGGUCCCCAACCCAGGGCAGGAAGAUGAUAAUGGUGAUGGAGUUGGCAAUGUCUGUGAGUCUGAUUUUGACCAGGAUACAGUGAUUGAUCGGAUCGAUGUCUGUCCUGAGAAUGCAGAGAUCACCUUGACAGACUUCAGGGCCUAUCAGACAGUGGUGUUGGACCCAGAGGGGGAUGCGCAGAUUGAUCCCAACUGGGUGGUUCUGAACCAGGGGAUGGAAAUUGUGCAGACUAUGAACAGUGAUCCUGGCCUUGCUGUUGGUUACACGGCUUUUAACGGCGUUGACUUUGAGGGCACUUUUCAUGUCAACACAGUGACAGAUGACGACUAUGCUGGCUUUAUUUUUGGUUAUCAAGACAGCUCUAGCUUUUAUGUAGUAAUGUGGAAACAGACGGAACAGACGUACUGGCAAGCAACUCCCUUCCGAGCUGUUGCAGAGCCCGGCAUUCAGCUAAAGGCUGUGAAAUCCAAGACAGGUCCUGGUGAGCACCUCCGCAACUCCCUCUGGCACACAGGGGACACCAAUGAUCAGGUCAGACUGCUCUGGAAGGACCCCCGAAAUGUAGGGUGGAAAGACAAAGUCUCCUAUCGCUGGUUCUUGCAGCACAGACCUCAGAUUGGUUAUAUCAGGCUUUGUACUGAUGAAGGCUUGUAACAAAUUAGACUUUUGGAAUUCAGCCUGCAGCUCUUUUCCUUGACAAUUUCAAGUUAAACCUCUUUAUAUGGACCGUCUGUCUCUUAACUGUGCUUACCCUGAUGAGCUCUUUUCUGGCUUUAAUACCUUGUUUUCCAAGCUAUGCUGGCCACUGAUCUGAAAAGCAAUAUAUUUCAAAUGUUCUUAAUUUUUUAGAAUAUUUUUCUUGGAAUUUGGAUAGUUCAUUUAUGUAUUCUGGAAUAAAAGAAUAAAAGUUGUCCACUUAGAAGUUGUGAAUGUAACUAACAAAUAAUUAUCUUUAUGUGAUAGAUUCAAGAUUACUCAGCAUAUAGCAGAAAGUUUGUCAAAGCUUAGUAAUGAAUGUUAUAUAUCCUUCUUUUUGGUUUUUUUGGGGGA